GUUGGUGUUAAUUGGUUGGACAUAUUGAUCUAGAAUCUGUAUCAGGUUAGCUCAAUCCACUAAACAGACUGAAAAUAGUUCUAAAUCACUUCACCAAAACUCCAAAACAAAUUUGAACAGUGAUUACCGCAUCCAUGACAGCUGCCCGCUCACUCCGCCGUGUAUCUUCGCCGCUACCUUCACCUCAGCAGUGAAGCUCCGCUCCAACUUCUCUCUUUUCCAGAACUAAUUACACCGAAGCCAUUUCACUCCGCAUCCGCCACGUGACGAAUCCAAAUCUUCUCGUGGUUGGCUUGCCCUUCCUUUUCAUUUUUCGUAGAAAAGGGUUGCAGAUAGAUGCCACGAGGAGAUAAGGGAAAUGAGAUUAAUGUAGAAACCCGAAAACAACUGAUAUGACCAAAUCGAUCAAGGCUAGCCCGGGAGAGCUAAGCGCCACCAAAGACGUUUUCCUCUCAGCAUUCCGUUUUGCAACUUCCAUCAACGACCCUUCUCCUCCAUUUGGUGAUGAGCUCAGAACUUGCGCCCAAGAACAAGUGGAGUUCAUGCUUUGGGAUGAUGAAGAGGAGAUUCUCAGUAUCAUCAUAGCCGAUGAGGAAAUAAAGCAUGAGGCCAGAAUGGGAUUGUGCAAGAUCUUCACAUCAUUUGAGAAGGCCUUAUUCUCCCUUCUUUCAGAGCCUGACAUGAAAUACAUGGAUGUGGAGAAGAAGAUAAUGAAGAGUCUGGCCGAUGUUGAGUGGCUUUGCAAUGUUCUCAUGAAGACAAGUCUAAUGAGAGAUUUCGUAGCACAUUGGACAGAUAUAUCUAACUGUGUCUUGACAGUUGUCGAGGACAAAAGAGUCCAUUUUCUUAUGUGGGGCUUAAAGGUGAAGCUACUAGAGGUCACCUCAAAAGUUUUAGAUGUUGUAGGUUAUGGUACCUUAAUUCUUCCACCACCAGCCAGGGUACAACUCCUAAAGGCGUGGCUUCCGUAUGUGAGGAAAAUGAAGCUUCUUCUUGAUUCAAUGGGAAAUGAAGAUAUAGAGUUCCCUUAUAGGAUGGAGGAAGACCUGUCAGAGACCAUUGAGGGGGCAAUUGUGUCAUUGGUUUCUGCAUUGCCAUCAAACAAUCAGGCUGAAAUAUUGGCCGAUUGGAUGAGUAGUGGAGAGUAUGUGAAGUAUCCGGACCUGAGUGAGGCAUUUGAAGUGUGGUGUUACCGGACAAAAUCUGCUAACCGUAAAUUGCUCGAGGCUUUAGAUGAACCAUCAUCCUCUGCCUCUGAUUAUGAAAAAUCAUCCUCUGCCUCUGAUUAUGAACCAUCAUCCUCUGCCUCUGAUUAGUUUACUAAGCUGUUUGCUUUGAGCAUGCUGAUGAAUGAUUGAGAGUUUGAGACCUCUGACACUCUUUAAUGAUGAUGACCAGGAGAACUUUGGUUUCAUUCUUCAUUGCACUAUGUCAAUUUAGGAGCCCCCUUUUGUAAGCUUAACCUGGGUCUGUAAAGUUACUUAUUCUGUUCAUAAGCCAAAGCCGGCUAACAAAUAGAGCCUCUUAAUGCCUCUGUUCAACAACAAAAAAUCAUGACAUUUAGUUUGAAUUCCAACUAUUGUUGUGUAUUACCCUCCAUGUUGGCAGUACCCCCCCCCCCCCCCCCCCCCGGUGAUAUUCUAGUUUUCAACUUCAGGGUGCACAAUUUGUGGCCCUCAUGUAGUCAUGUGUAGUGCGAAUUAUAUCCUACAUCCAGAUUUGCAUAGUUGUGAUGUUUUCUUAGUA